AUGGGUAUCACACGACGUGCUAAAGACAAGGCCGCCCGGGCCGAUCGCUCUGCCGGCGGGGCCGGCCAGGCGAGCACCAAGCCAAAGAAGGCCACUUUUGACACGACCAAGAAGAAGGAGAUUGGUGUCUCUGACCUGACGCUGCUGCGGACCGUAUCCAAUGAGGCCAUCAACGAGAAUUUGAAGAAACGCUUUGAAGGCGCCGAGAUCUACACGUAUAUCGGCCAUGUGCUGGUUUCAGUCAACCCCUUUCGCGAUCUCGGCAUCUACACCGACCAGGUUCUCAACAGCUAUCGUGGCAAGAACCGGUUGGAGAUGCCCCCGCACGUCUUCGCCAUCGCCGAGUCCGCCUACUACAACAUGAAAGCGUACAAGGACAACCAGUGCGUGAUCAUCUCGGGCGAGUCCGGGGCCGGAAAAACCGAGGCGGCCAAGCGCAUUAUGCAAUACAUCGCCAACGUGUCGGGCGGCGAGACGGGCGACAUCCAGCAGAUCAAGGACAUGGUCCUAGCGACCAACCCGCUCCUCGAAUCCUUCGGCAACGCAAAGACAUUGCGCAACAACAACUCGUCUCGCUUUGGCAAGUAUCUGCAGAUUUACUUUAAUGCUCAGGGGGAGCCCGUCGGCGCCGACAUUACCAACUACCUGCUCGAGAAGACCCGCGUGGUGGGCCAGAUCACCAAUGAGCGCAACUUCCACAUCUUUUACCAGUUCACCAAGGGCGCCUCCCAGCAUUAUCGCGAGAUGUUUGGCGUGCAAAAGCCCGAAACGUACAUCUAUACCAGCAGAUCCAAGUGUCUAAAUGUUGAUGGGAUCGAUGAUCUGGCCGAUUUCCAGGACACCCUGAACGCCAUGAAAGUUAUCGGCCUCUCGCAGGAAGAGCAGGACAGCAUUUUCAGGAUGCUGGCCGCGGUGCUCUGGACAGGGAACCUCGUUUUCCGCGAGGACGACAGCGGGUAUGCCGCCGUGUCGGACCAGUCCGUAGUGGAUUUCCUGGCAUACCUCCUCGAAGUGGACCCGGCGCGGCUGGUCCAUGCUAUUACGAUUCGUAUCCUAACGCCCAGGAAUGGCGAGGUGAUUGAGUCCCCUGCCAACGUUGCUCAGGCGAUGGCCACAAGAGACGCAUUAGCCAAGGCCAUCUACAACAACCUGUUUGAUUGGAUUGUUGAACGCAUCAACGUGUCGCUCAAGGCGCGCCAGGCCACGACGAACUCGAUCGGCAUCCUCGACAUUUACGGCUUCGAGAUCUUUGAGAAGAACAGUUUUGAGCAGCUUUGCAUCAACUAUGUGAACGAGAAGUUGCAGCAGAUCUUUAUUCAGCUGACCCUGAAGGCGGAGCAAGAAGAGUACGCGCGGGAAAAGAUCAAGUGGACCCCCAUCAAGUACUUCGAUAACAAAAUCGUAUGCGACCUGAUCGAGUCCGUCAGGCCGCCAGGUAUCUUUGCAGCAAUGAAAGAUGCUACCAAAACGGCCCACGCUGACCCUGCCGCUUGCGACCGCACCUUUAUGCAAAGCAUAAAUGGCAUGUCCAAUCCUCAUUUGACUCCCAGGCAAGGGAGCUUCAUUGUCAAGCAUUACGCCGGCGACGUGGCUUAUACCGUCGAGGGCAUCACGGAUAAGAACAAGGACCAGCUCCUUAAGGGUCUCCUCAACUUGUUCCAGGCCAGUCAAAACCGAUUCAUCCACACGCUCUUCCCCCAUCAGGUUGAUCAGGAUAACCGGAAGCAGCCGCCGUCGGCCGGCGACAGGAUAAAAGCCUCGGCCAAUGCGCUUGUCGACACUCUUAUGAAGUGCCAACCUUCCUAUAUCCGGACCAUCAAGCCCAACGAGAACAAGUCCCCCACCGAAUACAAUAGUCCAAACGUUCUUCAUCAAAUCAAGUAUCUCGGUCUCCAAGAAAACGUGCGCAUCCGCCGUGCUGGUUUUGCGUACCGUCAGUCAUUCGAGAAGUUCGUGGACCGCUUCUUUCUGCUUUCACCCGCUACCUCGUAUGCCGGCGAAUAUACAUGGCAAGGCUCCUACGAAGAUGCCGUCAAGCAGAUCCUCAAGGACACAAGCAUCCCCCAGGAAGAAUGGCAGCUCGGCGUCACCAAAGCUUUCAUCAAGUCGCCCGAGACGCUGUUCGCGCUGGAGCACAUGCGGGACCGGUACUGGCAUAACAUGGCGACGCGUAUCCAGCGAAUGUGGAGAGCGUAUCUGGCGUACAGGGCAGAGGCUGCCACCCGCAUCCAGCGGUUCUGGAGGAAGAAGCGCGUGGGUGCCGAGUAUCUACAGCUGCGCGACGAAGGGCACAAGGUCCUUGGGGGGCGAAAAGAACGAAGGAGAAUGAGCCUCCUCGGUUCCCGGCGGUUCUUAGGUGAUUACCUCGGCAUCAACGCGAGCAACGGUCCCGGAGCUCAGAUCCGGAAUGCCAUACAGCUUGGAAGCAACGAGAAAGCGGUCUUUUCCUGCCGCGGCGAGAUUCUGGAGGCAAAGUUUGGUCGGUCCAGCAAACCCAGCCCCAGAAUCCUCAUCGUUACCAACGCCAAGUAUUACAUUGUGGCGCAGAUGCUUGUGCAAAACCAGCCUCAAAUCGUGGUCGAGCGGUCUUUUCCACUGGGUUCCAUCAAGUUUAUCGGCGCGUCUACGUGUCGGGACGACUGGUUCUCCCUAGGGGUCGGCUCACAGCAAGAGGCUGACCCUCUCCUCAACUGCGUGCUCAAGACCGAAAUGUUCACCCAGAUGAAGAGGGUGAUGCCCGGUGGAUUCAAUUUGAAAAUCGCUGAUACGAUUGAAUACGCCAAGAAGCCGGGCAAGAUGCAGCUUGUCAAGGUGUUGAAGGAUGCACCUAAUCAACACGAUUUCUACAAGAGCGGCGCUGUACACACACAGCCAGGCGAGCCGCCUAACUCAGUUUCCCGGCCUACACCCAAGGGCAAACCCGUGCCUCCAAGGCCAAUCACGAGAGGCAAACUCAUCAAGCCUGGCGGGCCGGGCGGCAGGCCUUCCAGGUUUCCUUACAGUCGCACACCCCAGGCACGACCAUCCGCUGGCUCUGCGGUGUCUUCAAGGCCAGUUCCGCAACCCCAGCCGGCAGCGGCGGCCGCGGCCGCGGCAGCACCCGUCAGCAUGCCUUCGCACACACGGCAAAAGUCGAAUACAUCUGCUACACGCGCCCCUCCUCCACCGCCUCCGGCUGCGCCUGCGGCGAAGCCAAAGAUCAUGGCCAAGGUCCUUUAUGACUUCGCCGGCCAGAGGGAGAACGAGCUGUCGAUCAAGGCAGGCCAGCUAAUCGAGAUUGUCCAGAAAGAGAAUAACGGUUGGUGGCUCGCCAAGACCAGCGAGGGUCAAGCAUGGGUCCCGGCGGCAUACGUAGAAGAACAGGCGCCGCCGCCCGUAGCGGCGCCGCGACCUCCUCCGCCCCCGCCGGCAGCUAACGGUACCGCAAGAGCAAAGCCCGCGGCGCCGCAGCCGCCGGCCAAGCGCCCGGCGGCGAGCAAGAAGCCGGCGGCAUUGCAAGCCCGCGAUUCGGGCAUGAGUUUGAACGGGUCGGACGGCAGUAGGAGUAGUACUCCCACGCCGAGUCUGGCCGGGAGCCUGGCAGAUGCCCUGUUGGCGAGGAAGAACGCCAUGGCUAAGAAGGAUGACGAUGAUGACUGGUAG